CUGUCUGUCUCUCUCUCUCUCUAUGUGUGUGCGUGUGUCUGUGUGUAACUUCAACUGCUUUACUAUCAAAAACCUACACAGCCAUGAGUGGAGACCACGGACAGGUGAAUUCCGGAUGUAAAGACAGCGAUCCUCACAAACACAGAGACAAGCACAAGGACAAGGAGCACAGACACAAAGACCACAGGAAGGACAAGGAGCGGGAGAAAGUCAAGCACAGCAACAGCGAACAUAAGGAGCACGCAGAGAAGAAACACAGGGACAAGGAGAAGCUGAAGCACAGCGACGGCAGCGCAGACAAGCACAGGGAGAAGCACAAAGAGAGGAGGAGAGACGACAAGAUCAAAUCGUCCCAUGGAGACAAAUACAAAAAGGAGAAAGAGAAUGGCUAUGUGAGGAACACGAGCCCAGCUGCCAUAAAGAGCGAGCCUGAGGAAGACAACGGCUUCUGCCCCUCCCCGCCACACAACAAGACCUUCAAACAGGAAUACGACGAUGAAGAAUUUGAGCACAAGCCCAAAAAAGUCAAGACGGAACACGACAAAAAGGCCAAGAAGAGGAAACGGGAUUAUGAAGAGGACGAAGAAGACGAGGACAUCAAGCCCAAAAAGAAGACAAAAGACAAGAAGGGAAUGGAGGGAAAGAAAGUCAAAAAAGAAGAAGCGGAAAAGUGGAAAUGGUGGGAGGAGGAGCGAUAUACUGACGGAAUGAAAUGGCGCUUUCUGGAACACAAAGGUCCAGUGUUUGCACCUCCGUACGAACCUUUGCCCGACAAAGUCAAGUUUUACUAUGAUGGUAAGCCGAUGAAACUUAGUGCUCCUUGUGAGGAGGUCGCUACCUUUUUCGCUAAGAUGUUGGAUCAUGAGUACACCACCAAGGACAUCUUUAGGAAGAACUUCUUCAAGGACUGGAGGAAGGAAAUGACAUCAGAGGAAAAGUCAAAGAUCAGUGACCUGAACAAGUGCAACUUCAGUGAGAUGAGUGAGUACUUCAAGGCCCAGUCAGAAGCGAGGAAACAGAUGUCAAAAGAUGAGAAACUGAAAAUCAAAGAGGAGAACGAGAGACUCCUGCAGGAGUACGGCUUCUGUCUCAUGGACAACCACAAGGAGAGGAUCGGGAACUUCCGCAUCGAGCCGCCGGGCCUCUUCCGAGGACGAGGAGACCAUCCGAAGAUGGGCAUGUUGAAGCGCCGCAUCAGACCUCAAGACAUCAUCAUUAACUGUAGCAAGGACUCUAAGCAUCCUAAACCUCCCCCAGGGACAAAAUGGAAGGAGGUUCGCCACGAUAACAAGGUGACGUGGCUGGCAUCUUGGACAGAGAACAUCCAGGGCUCCAUCAAGUACAUCAUGUUGAAUCCUAGCUCUAGGAUUAAGGGCGAGAAGGACUGGCAGAAAUACGAGACUGCUCGGCGGUUGAAGAAGUGUGUGGACCGCCUACGAACCCAGUACAGAGACGACUGGAAAUCCAAGGAGAUGAGGAUCAGACAGAGAGCCGUGGCUCUGUAUUUCAUCGACAAACUGGCACUGAGGGCUGGUAAUGAGAAGGAGGAAGGUGAGACGGCCGACACGGUCGGCUGUUGCUCGCUGCGAGUGGAGCACAUCAAACUGUAUCCCAAACUGGACGACCAGGAGUACGUGGUGGAGUUUGACUUCCUGGGUAAAGACUCCAUCCGGUACUACAACAAAAUCCCUGUGGAGAAGAGGGUGUUUAAGAACCUUCAGUUGUUCCUGGAGAACAAGCAGCCAGAGGACGACCUCUUUGACAGACUAAACACUUCUAUUCUGAACAAACACUUGCAGGAGCUGAUGGACGGACUGACGGCAAAGGUGUUUCGCACGUACAACGCUUCCAUCACUCUGCAGCAGCAGCUCAAGGAACUGACCUGCCCGGACGACAGCAUCCCGGCUAAAAUGCUGUCAUACAAUCGAGCUAACCGCGCCGUGGCCAUCCUCUGUAACCACCAGAGAGCUCCGCCCAAAACCUUUGAGAAGUCCAUGCAAAACCUGCAGACCAAGAUCGACGAGAAACAGAGUCAACUGUCCGCGGCCAGGAAGCAGUUGAAGGCCGCGAAGGCCGAUUACAAGGCGUCACAUGACGAUAAGAGCAAAAAGUCUGUGGAGGUGAAACGCAAAGCCGUCCAGAGGAUAGAGGAGCAGCUGAUGAAGCUGCAGGUGCAGGCCACCGACAGAGAGGAAAACAAGCAGAUCGCUUUAGGCACCUCCAAGCUCAACUACUUGGAUCCACGCAUCUCUGUUGCAUGGUGUAAGAAGUGGGGUGUUGGCAUUGAGAAGAUCUACAACAAAACCCAGAGAGAGAAGUUUGCCUGGGCAAUCGACAUGGCCGAAAAUGACUAUGAGUUUUAAAGAGCCUUCGUGUUUGACCUGCAUUUUUGUUUUUAUACCCAUGCCUUUGAAUGUAAGUGAAGUGGGUUUUUAAGUGUGACGUCUGCAGACGAUUGAUCACAGCUCCUGGAUGAAGGAUUAUGCUCAGACUUUUACCACAGAUGAAUAAUUGUGCGGUAUAUGUACUGUAUAUAUGGAUUGGUUGUGAAUAUACUUACCUAGGACAAAACAGAAAUCAAAGUAGAGUGUAUGUAGCUGCUGAUACCCUGAUCAAUCAACCCAGAGCAACACUGUUAGUAUUAUUAACUCUUUCUUCUGAAAUGUGGAAGCCAUCCGAGAAAUUCUAUAUUCUCACAGAACAGUGAAUGAGGACAUGUUUGUAUGGGAGUGACAACAUAAAUGAGAUAAUGACAAGAUGAAUUUCAAUAAGUGUGUGUGUAAGAAAACGAGCCUGACAGAUAAUAGACAUUGUAGCACUAUGUUCACGUGUAAUUAUUAGCACACAGAAUGUCAUGUUUAAAUUUGAUUUUGAUGUUUAUUUCAGGGAUGUACAUAUUUCUUUUGGUCAUUUUUCAGUUUUUUUUAAAGCGUGCAACAAAAAGCUCUUCAUGCCUCAUAUGCAGUGUGUGUGUGUGUGUGUGUGUUGAAUAGUAAAUGAAUGCUUGUUUUCAUUCAUUUACUAUCCCCUAAAAUUCAGAUUCAGCUGGUUGCAAUACGCAACUUCACCUCCAGAUGCCACUAAAUAGAACACACUGGCCCUUUAAUGUUGCUAUGGCGUGUCAAACGCAGAUUCUGAAUCUUUUCACACAGUAAUAUUGAAUUAAAAACGAUCAUAUUGCAAAUCAAUGACCUGUUAGAAAAGUCACAGAAAGUUUGACCCAAAUAUUCCGCAAUAGUGUGUGUGUGUGUGUGUGUGUGUGUGUGUGUGUGUGUCCACAGCUUUACAGUGAAUGUGACAUAACACUCCUCUUGGUGACACCUGCAGUACAAGACCAUUGUGUGUAAUGUGUCUUUCUUUGUUAUUUUGCUGUGAUUAAGCAGAAACUGUCUUCUCCAAAUGUGAAAUAAUAUUUGAACUAUUUUCAUGAAUAUUUUCCUGCUAUUUAAACAUUGAUCACAUGGCCCGCUCUUUUCCCCUUUGUUUUAAGCUUUGUAGUCUUCAGAAUAAAACAUCAAUCUGA